GUCCAACUCCCGGUACCUACCUCUGAUUUGGCGAUUGAAAAACUGACCGAGGCUGUUAACAAAAUGCUCCUGCAGUUACAGGAGAGAAGACCAUCUACUUUGGAUAAUACCAGCCGGUCUGUGUGUUAUAGUGGUACAAGUAAUUACCACACCUAUAUUAGUAUCCCUGCGGAAGACGUUCUCUUGUUUGCUGUGGCUAAGCAGGACCCUCAACGACUUAGCGAAGAAUUAGAAGAGGCAGAGUUAGAGGAGGAAACUUUGGAACAAUUAAUGGAGGAAGAAGCAAAUAAGGAGGAAAAAAUGGAUAACGCCCCUAAAAUAGUAGAACUUACCCUUCCUGUAGAAUUCAAAAAAAUCACUCAUGUUCCUCUUGGUAAUAACCACCCUAAAGCUGAAGAAAAAAAGUUCGAAGAAGAGUUGGAGGAUAGUGACAAGGAAUAUGAAGAAGAGGA